AUGAAAAAAGCGUGACGUGACGAGAAUUUGGAAUUCGAGAUGUUAGAAGGUGCAAAAUCAAUGGGUGCCGGAGCUGCUACAAUUGCUUCAGCGGGAGCUGCAGUCGGUAUUGGAAACGUCUUCAGCUCAUUGAUCCAUUCCGUGGCGCGAAAUCCAUCAUUGGCAAAACAAUUAUUUGGUUAUGCCAUUUUGGGCUUUGCUCUAACCGAAGCCAUAGCCUUGUUUGCCUUAAUGAUGGCCUUUUUGAUCUCAUUCGUAUUCUGAUAAAAAUCAAAUAAAGGAAAAAAGUUUCCGAUCUUUUAUGGGAGGGGGGUUAACUGGUGAACCGCUUAGCUUUCAGUGAGGAGACAGGAUCCAUCUAUCAAGCUGAAAGUUGUCCCUAGACCAGAAAGAGGAUCUGGGGGGAGUCCGGACGGAGGAUUCCA